AGGAACUGCAUUGGCCAAACCUUUGCCCUGACCGAAGUAAAGAUUACUGUGGCCAUGAUUCUUCGCAAGUAAGUGUAACUUAAAACAAUUUUUACGCGUAGGAACAGAGAGGUGGCUUGUCAAAUGAAACCAGUGCAGUCGAUUUGGAUUUAAAAGCCUCAUAACACCUAAACAUCCCAACUUAAAAUUUUAAAAAGCUCCGCUAUAAAUUGCUUUUCCGCAAAGUAUUUUGUGUGAAUGUAUCUUAACUUAGAAGGACAUCACUCUGGAUCCCGCUCCAGGGCCCGGUUGCAUAAAACCUGCACUUAAGUGCUCACUUAAGUGCUCACUUAAGUAGGUCAGUUACAAAUCCGUUAUGGGUAUACUUACGGGUGUUGCAUGGAACGCACUAAGCACUCUCGUAAGUUUCUGUUUUACGUGGUAACUUACGGGCUCACUUAAGGGCACACGUAACCUUGAUAUAGUACUUUAUAAAUGAUUCACUCUUUUUUUAAGCUAACCAUCGGUGGGUGUAAAGAAAGUUAAAGGUCGUUUCGAACACUUUUAAGCCCCUCAAAAAAUGAAAUUUGAUAGUUCUUCUUUUUUCACAAAAGGGAACAUCAAACGUUCACAAAGCGCAUUAGAACGAAUUACGUGAAGAAAAUACUUUUUUUCACUUCUCAGUAAAAGAUCUCGUUAAAUUUAGUAAAAACAGUAACGAUACGGGACCUACAUAGGUCCCGUAAAUUUACGUGCUAUUUUUCCCGUAAGAAAAGUUUUAUGCAACACCCGCAAUUUCUGUUGCAUAAAUGACACCUAAGUGGCGGAACUGAACACUUACGAAAAUUGUAAGUGCAACCACUUAAGUGAAUUCCCUAAGUGGACCACUUAAGUGAUUUCAUGCAACUGACUUAAGUUACGAGUACACGUACGUGUACCCGUAGUUGUUACGGACGUUUUAUGUAACCGGGCCCUGGUCUAAAAAUUAGCAUCACUAAUUUUUCAGCGGAGGAAAUGUUUGUAAAUGGGUGGGAAACUACCCAUAUUGUUCUUAAAUUGAUUAUUUUACUUUUCUUAACACAGGUUCAAGUUAUCCCUUGAUCCCGCAAACGUUGUCCCAGUGGAUGAUCUGAUUCCUGAACUUAUUUUACGGUCCAAGAAUGGAAUACGGAUUAAUAUUUCACCUCGCAUUUAA